CAAGUUUUCAGGCGAUGGACUGCGACAUAGCGUCGUAUCAUGUCGAUUCAUUCGAUUUUCUUGUUUCAAAAGGAUGUCAAUUUGCUGCCCAAGCUGUUCCUGCAGAAAAAUUCCGUCUGAAAAACGGCGAUGCUGUUACAAUGAAGUUCACGUCGGCUCAACUUCAUAAGCCAACGCUAGAUACCGGAGCGAAGCUCACCAGUGACACUCUUCCUUUACUUCCCGCGGAAUGUCGACAACGUGGACUGACAUAUGCUGGAAAUUUAAAAGUUGGAAUCGAUGUCCAUGUGAACGGAAGCCGGUUGGACAUUAUUGAAAUUAUUUUGGGAAAGGUACCAAUUAUGCUCCGAUCCGAAGGUUGCCAUCUCCGUGGAAUGUCUCGAAAGGAACUUGUAGUUGCCGGUGAAGAGCCAAUCGAAAAAGGAGGAUAUUUCAUUGUAAAUGGAUCAGAAAAAGUGAUUAGAUUGCUGAUCGCGAAUCGAAGAAACUUUCCAAUCGCAAUUAUCAGAAAAACAUUCAAAGAGAAAGGAAAAUUGUUCUCGGAAUUUGGAGUUAUGAUGAGAAGUGUUAAGGAAAAUCAUACGGCUGUAAUGAUGACUCUUCAUUAUUUGGACACUGGAACUAUGCAGUUAGCACUUCAAUUCAGACGGGAAAUCUUUUAUGUACCGUUGAUGUAUAUUGUGAAGGCUUUAACUGAUAAGAAUGAUGCAGUGAUUAGUGCUGGAUUCAAAAGAGGAAGAAAUCAAGAUCAAUUCUAUUCAUCUUGCAUUCUCAAUAUGCUUGCUCAAUGUCAAGAAGAAGAAAUUUUGAAUCAAGAAGCCGCCAUUAGAGCCAUCGGUUCUCGUUUCAGAGUAGCCGUAUCUGAUAGAGUUGCUCCAUGGGAAGAUGAUCUUGAAGCUGGUCGAUUCAUCAUUCGGGAAUGUGUACUUAUACAUUUGGAUAGUGAUGAAGAGAAAUUCCAUACUCUUGCGUACAUGACACAGAAACUCAUUGCACUUGUGAAAGGAGAAUGUGCUCCAGAGACACCUGAUAAUCCACAAUUCCAAGAGGCCUCUGUUUCAGGACAUAUUCUUUUGUUGAUUCUGAGAGAACGAAUGGAGAAUAUCAUUGGAAUGGUUAGGAGAAAAUUGGAGUACAUGAGUUCAAGGAAGGACUUCAUUUUGACAUCCGCCGCUAUUCUAAAAGCACUUGGAAAUCAUACUGGUGGUGAAAUCACUCGUGGAAUGGCAUAUUUCCUUGCAACAGGAAAUCUUGUGACUCGUGUCGGUCUUGCUCUUCAACAAGAAUCUGGUUUCUCAGUUAUCGCUGAAAGAAUCAAUCAACUUCGUUUCGUUUCUCACUUCCGUGCAAUUCAUCGUGGUGCAUUCUUUAUGGAAAUGCGAACCACAGAUGUUAGAAAAUUGAGACCAGAAGCAUGGGGAUUUAUUUGUCCUGUACACACUCCUGAUGGAGCUCCAUGUGGUUUAUUGAAUCACGUAACUGCAUCAUGUAGAAUUGUCACUGAUCUCUCUGAUAAUUCAAAUGUUCCGUCGCUUCUUGCUGAAUUGGGAAUGUAUACACACAAAACUGUUGCAUUGGCACCGCCAGGUGAAGAGCUUUAUCCAGUUCUAAUGAAUGGAAGAUUCCUUGGAUAUGUUCCAAUUACUAAAGCUGCUUCAAUUGAGAGAUAUCUACGAUGUGCAAAAGUUGCGAAAGAUGCAAGAAUUCCUUAUACUUCGGAGAUUGCACUUGUUCGUCGAUCCACGGAUAUCAAGAAUAUUCAAACUCAAUAUCCAGGAAUCUACAUUCUCAGUGACGCUGGACGUCUCAUUCGUCCAGUACGUAAUCUAGCAAUGGAUGCUGUUGAACAUAUCGGAACUUUUGAACAAGUUUAUCUCUCAGUUGUACUUGAUCCAGAAGAGGCUGAACCAGGAGUCACUAUGCAUCAAGAAUUGCAUCCUUCUUGCUUAUUUUCAUUUGCUGGAAAUUUAAUUCCUUUCCCAGAUCAUAAUCAGUCACCACGUAAUGUGUACCAAUGUCAAAUGGGUAAACAAACGAUGGGAACCGCCGUACAUGCAUGGCAUUCACGUGCUGACAACAAAAUGUAUCGUCUACAAUUUCCACAACAACCAAUGCUAAAACUGGAGGCUUAUGAGAAAUACGAAAUGGAUGAAUAUCCAUUGGGUACAAAUGCUUGUGUUGCUGUGAUCUCCUAUACAGGAUAUGAUAUGGAAGAUGCUAUGACAAUCAAUAAAGCAUCAUAUCAAAGAGGUUUUGCACAUGGAACAGUUAUCAAAGUGGAGAGAAUUAAUUUGGUGACCGAGAGAGAACGAAAAACGAUUUUCUAUAGAAAUCCCCGAGAAGAAAUCAAAACCGUUGGACCAGAUGGUUUGCCGAUUCCAGGAAGACGAUAUUUCCUCGAUGAAGUGUAUUAUGUCACAUUCAAUAUGGAAACUGGAGAUUUCAGAACUCAUAAAUUCCAUUACGCUGAACCGGCAUAUUGUGGUUUGGUGAGAAUUGUUGAACAAGGAGAAGGCGAUUCUGGUGCAAAACAUGCUUUGAUUCAAUGGAGAAUUGAGAGAAAUCCAAUUAUCGGUGAUAAAUUCGCUUCGAGACACGGACAAAAAGGAAUUAAUUCAUUCCUAUGGCCUGUUGAAUCACUUCCAUUCUCAGAAACCGGUAUGGUACCUGAUAUUAUUUUCAAUCCUCACGGUUUCCCAUCUCGGAUGACAAUCGGUAUGAUGAUUGAGAGUAUGGCUGGAAAAGCGGCAGCUACGCACGGAGAGAAUUAUGAUGCAUCGCCAUUUGUUUUCAAUGAAGACAACACAGCAAUCAACCAUUUUGGAGAAUUACUCACAAAAGCAGGUUAUAAUUACUACGGUAACGAAACAUUUUAUUCGGGAGUUGAUGGACGUCAAAUGGAGAUGCAAAUCUUCUUUGGAAUUGUUUAUUAUCAAAGACUUCGUCAUAUGAUUGCUGAUAAAUUCCAAGUGAGAGCCACUGGACCAAUUGAUCCAAUUACUCAUCAACCAGUAAAAGGAAGAAAAAAGGGAGGAGGUAUUCGAUUUGGAGAAAUGGAAAGAGAUGCUAUUAUUGCACAUGGAACAUCUUUCGUGUUGCAGGACCGUCUUCUCAACUGUUCGGAUCGUGACGUAGCAUACGCUUGUCGUCGUUGUGGAUCCCUAUUGUCCGUGUUGAUGUCCAGUCGUGCAGGAUCACAUUUAUUGAAAAAGAAAAGGAAAGACGACGAACCAUUGGACUACACGGAAACUCAACGAUGUCGUACGUGUGAUAAAGAUGAUCAAGUUUUCCUGCUUCAAGUUCCUCGUGUCUUCCGUUAUUUGACUGCCGAGUUAGCUGCAAUGAAUGUGAAAAUCAAGUUGGGCAUCGAACAUCCAUCCAAAGUAACUGGAAGUUAAUUUCAUUAUUUUUUCAACAUUUCCUUCAUAAUAGAAAUACUGAAAACUUCAUGCAGUUCUCUAAACUUUGAUUUUUAAAAAAUUUCUUUUACACUACACUUUAAUAUUCUCCGUCCCCUAUCCUACAACAAUCUCACGGUUUUUGUCUAUUUUUUGUUAUUUUCUCUUUGCAAGUUGUUUUAUUGUUGAACCUUUUCUGAAAUUUUUGAUUUUUAGCCGAUUUUAGCAAUUUUUGUUACUUUUUUGUUUACCCUCAUCCAAUUUAUUCUGUUUCUAUUGUUCACUUUUUGUUUUGUUUUUUGUUUGAGUUUUUGUUCCUCAAUAUUCCAUAAAGUUGUUGUUAUACAUUUUAUAUGUUUAAGUAAAUCACAUUAAGCACUCUGCAA